UGAGCUAAAAAAUAGUUCUAAUAAUGCUGAUGUUAGUUCUAAUAAUACUGAUAUUACUUCACAUACAAGAUUUUCUGAUACAGUUAUUGAAGUUGCUGCAAAAACCUUUAAAGCAAAUUCUCUAUUACUUUGUGCACAUUCAGAAAUUUUCGAUCUUUAUCAGGCUGCAAUCAAACUUGAAUUAGAUGAAAUAUUGGA